AUGGCGUCCCAAUUCCAGGAGCCCAGACAUACCAUUCAACAGCAAGACCACAUCAUGCAGCUCUCAACACUCGCACUUCUCUUCGCCACUGUCGGUUUCGCCACAGCAGCGCCUGCGCCGCGCGACUACUGCCCCCGCAGCCAAGACGUGAAGACCGGCGCAUACAUCGACACUGGCUGUGGCACAACCCUGCACCCACAUGGCAAGUGGGACCUGUGCGUCCGCACCAAAUGGGAUAUUGCCGCCGGCAACGAUUUCUUCCUUGGUGAAUGCGUUGCGGGAUACUCGGGAGGGAAGUGGCGGACGCUACCGCUUGAACAGGGGUCCGAGAGCGACGGAGACUGGGCCAAGGUUCAUUCGUGCCGUGGUCUCCCCAGCCAAACGUGGAUCGUAACCGACAACAUGUCCAUCAACCUUGCCGACACCAACAAGUGUCUUGAAGUUUCACACUUCCCCGGUGCCCGGCUUCGUGUGGCCGAGUGUAACGGGUCAGACGACCAGAUUUUCGACAUCCUGGGUGGCGAGGGUGUCCCUGCUUUCACCCCGUCGGGGUAG